CGCCUUGCCAUCUCGGGCUCCGGCACGCGGCACUCCCCUCCCCCCAUUUCCCUUUCCGCGCCCACCGCCGUUGCCGCAAAUAGCAACCCGGAAUCCAGACAGCCGCCCAGCCUAGCAGCCACACCAUCGGCGGCGGCGGCGAGUAUAUAUACAGUCCAACGGCUCUCCUCCUCCUUCCCUUGUGGGGCUGCGCGCGUGCGUGAUCGAUCAGGUACCCAGCUAGCUGAGCUGCCAUGGCGAGCGCGGACGCGGCGGGCGGGGUGGCGCCGUUCGUGGCCAAGACGUACCGCAUGGUGGACGACGCGUCCACGGACGCCGUCAUCGCGUGGGGCCGCGACAGCAACAGCUUCGUCGUCGCCGACCCCUUCGCCUUCUCGCAGACGCUGCUCCCCGCGCACUUCAAGCACUCCAACUUCUCCAGUUUCGUGCGCCAGCUCAACACCUACGGCUUCCGGAAGGUGGACCCGGACCGGUGGGAGUUCGCGCACGUCGCGUUCCUGCGCGGGCUGACGCACCUGCUGCCCCAGAUCGUGCGCCGGGGCGGGGGCGGCGGUGGCUGCAGGAAGCGCAAGGACGACGGCUCCUCCUGCGGCGCCGGCGCCGGCGCCGCGGCGGACGAGGACGCCGUGGCCAUGGAGGUGGUCCGGCUGCGGCGGGAGCAGCGGGCCAUCGAGGGCCAGGUGGCCGCCAUGUGGCGCCGCGUGCAGGAGACGGAGCGCCGGCCCAAGCAGAUGCUCGCGUUCCUCCUCAAGGUCGCCGGGGACCCGCAGGUGCUGCGCCGCCUCGUCUCGUCCACGGCGGCCGGGAGCGACGGCGUCGUCGCCGCCGCCGCGGCGCCGGAGGAGGAGCGCGGCGCCGCCGGGGAGGUGGCGAAGAGGGCGCGCCUGCUCCUCGACGACGCGACGCCCUACGGCGCCGCGGACUUGGGCGCGGGGGGUUUCUACGGCGCCGGCGGCGAGGACGUCGAGCUCGGCGGCGACGCCGGCGGGUUCCUGCAGCCGCCGCCGUACUUGUUCCCCGUGAACAGCGGCUACUGAUGGCGCCAGGGAGGUCGUCCGUCGUUUUCUGUCGUCGUCGCGUGCGUGCUCCGUUCCGACGCCACCUGCCGGACGGUGCGCGGAGGCUCGAUCCCCGGGCGUGCUGGCAGCCUGGUGCUCGAGGUCGGGUCGCGUCGCGUCGCGUCUGUACUGUGCGUGCGCCGCCUGACAUGAGGAGGCGCUCGGCAUCCGGGCGGUGCAGCAGGAUAAUAAGAGGCUGUAAAAGUGUGAAGCCUCGGUCGUCUAGGCAGAGUUGGUCAUCGUGGUAGUUCCCCCAGCGAUGUGAAUACCACACCACACAGCAACAGAGGAAGUAGUGCUUCGAUGUGAUUCGCCCU